AUGAGUGAUUGGAUACGACUCAAACAGUCAGUUUACUUAUUAAUAGACAAUUUGAAUGGUGACAACUUAGGAGAAAUAUGCUGUGAAUUAUUGAAGUUAAAUUUAUUCAGAGGUAAAGGGAUUGUUGUGAGAAAGUUAAUCUAUAAUCAACAAAAAUACUAUCAAAAUACAGGUAUUUAUGCCAACUUGAUCAGUCUAUUGAAUUCCCAAAUCCCAGAAAUAGGGGAAAUUAUCAGUAACAAAUUAAUUAUUAAUUUCAAAAAUGAAUACUUGAAUGAUAAAUUUAUAAAUAUUGAUUUCAUUUGUGAAUUGGUCAAUUAUAAAGUGAUUAAUGAAAUGAUUACCUUACAAAUCCUUGAAUUGUUAAUGAACAAUAUGACCAACGGAAGUAUCACUAUAAUAAUAAGAAUUAUAAAAUUAAAUGGCCUCUUACUACCACAAAAUGUUGUAUAUUCAAUUAUUGAUAAAUUAAGAAACAUGAUGAAUGAAGGUUUGAUAAGUGAAAGUAACCAAAAUGGUGUCAAACAGUUAAUCGGAAUAAGGAAAAGGGGAUUCAAAAACUUUGCCGAAGUACUAAUUGAAGGAAAGUGUCAUAUGAUAGAUAUUGAAGAUGAUUUCAAGACUUUUAAUGAAUUAAUGAUUGAUAAUGGAAACGAGUAUAAAGAGUAUGAAGCUUUUAAGGACAAAUUCAUAUCUAACAUAGAAGGUUUAUUCCAAGAGCCGGAAGUUGAACCAGAAGCUGAAGUCGAAGAAGAGCCUGUCAUAGAUUUGAGUCAAUCAGAAUUAAUAAAUCUACAAAAGACUGUCUAUUUGACCAUUAUGUCAAGUUUAACAUCAGACGAAGCUGUUCAUAAACUCUUGAAAUUAAAUUAUGACCCUUCCAUUUUGAGUAAUAUAAUUAUAAGAAGUUGUAUAGAAGAAAAGACAUAUUCCAAAUAUUAUGGGAAUAUCAGUGAAAUAUUGAUAUUGAGAUUCGAUAAAUUCAAAACUCAAUUCAUGAAACAGUUCGAAAUCAAAUAUAAGGAAAUUCACCUUUUCGAACUUAAUGGGAUUAGAAACCUUGGUAAGUUAUUUGGAUAUUUAAUUGCCACUAAUAAAUUAAGUAUCGAUAUACUAAAGGUGAUUACAUUAACAGAAGAAGAUACAAAUUCAUCAAGCAGGAUUUUAAUCAAAUUCUUAUUGAAAGAAAUGAUCGAAGAGUUGAGUCUCAAUGAUUUUAAAAUAUUAAUGAUAGAGAAUAUGAACAAUCUUCCCGGAAUGUUCCCUAUUGGUGGUCAUAAAGAUGACAUAAUUUUCGCCAUCAAUUAUUUUACAGCCAUUGGGUUGGGUUUAGUAACUGACGAAUUAAGAGAAGACUUGAGUAAUGCCAGAGGUAGAACUAGAAAGCGGGUCAGACAGGAAAGCAACAGCCGCAGUGGAAGUUAUAGUAGAAGUAGAAGUGGUAGCUAUAGUCGUAGUGGAAGUGGAAGUUACAGUAGAAGUAGAAGUAGAAGUGGUAGUUACAGUCGUAGUAGAAGUGGAAGUUAUAGUCGAAGUGCUAGUUAUAGCAGAUCACCCAGCCGUACACCAAGCAGGUCUCCAGGUCGCUAA